AUGGGACCUGAGUUCAGAUCCUCCGCACCAAUAGAGAAAAGCCAGGCGCAGUGGCUGUGCCUGUCAUCCCAGCAUCGGGAAGGCGGCAAGAGGAAGAUCCCUGGGGCUGGCGGAUGCGAGCCCCACGACAAGAAGUCCCGCGACAAGGCAGGGAGGGCCAGCCUGCGGGGACCGCGCCCGGUCCAAAGGCCCCGGCGUGCAGGCCCGCGCCCUUUCCCGGACCUUACCGCCGCUCGGUGCAGAGGGGCCGGCGGCCCGCACAGUCCUCGGCCCACGCCCGGGACGCGUCUUCGGGAGCUGCCGCUGCUCAGGCAGAGCCGGGUCGGGUCAGAGCGAGCAUCCACCCGCGCGGCCGCGGCCUUCGGGACGCCCCAGCGCGCGUCGGAAGCCUGCCGUGCAGGAAGGGUCAAGGCGCGCCCCGCGUGCCAGGCAGCGACGGCCGCACAGCCCAGCAGCGCGCCCGACGCCGUCCGCCCUCCGCGACACGGCCCCGGCGCCGCUUCCCCCGCGCUCGCUUUGGCGGCGGAGCAGCACGGUGCACGCCGAUUGGUCCUCCGGGGGCGUGACGCGCGGCGACGCUCUCCACGGAUUGGCCGGACCGCGGUGCGUGUAGGGAGUAAACAAAACCCGCCCCCCAGCCAAGGCUCGCCCCCGAGGGGCGGGGCCGAGGUGGGUGGCGGGCUCCCUGGGGCUCGCACUGGCCCUUUGACCUCCGCGCUCGCACUCUCCGCUAGGGGCCGCCCUGAAGCCGUGCCUACCCCUGGCUCGGGGGCGGGGGCGGCCAGGUGGCCUGAACCUGAAUGGCGAAGCUCGCCCUUCCCCCUUCAGCCCCUCACCUCACCUCCGCCCACCACCUCGCCUCUCUCAGCUCGCGAGUGGGGUUCUCUUUUCCAUCCCAGUCUCUCUUGAGGAGAUCGGAACAAAGGGCCUUUACAUCUCGGUCACGGACUUUUGAUGGGCCCCUUGCUCCCGGAGCAGCUGGGAGGCAGAUGGAUAACAGUGACCCUGAGGCCACGCGUGGACGACAGAGGAAGUGGUCCUGCUUCAGUUCCUGGAGAAGUGUAGAUACGAAGUAGACCAGAUCAAGUCAAUCACAUCGAAGUUGAACAGAUGGAGGUGCAUUUGUAAAAUCCGAUGUGAGCAGUGGAAGUUUGGAGGUAAAAUAGGAAACUCUGACUUUUAAAUAAUAAUCCCAGCACUCAGGAGUCAGAGGCAGGCAGAUUUCUGAGCUUGAGGCCAGCCUG